UCCUGACUGCUGUCGCCCCUUUCUGUCCCCCCCGUCCCCCCGUCCCCCUGUUCUGUCCCCCAUCCCGCCCCUGUCCCCCCAAGGCUCUGGUUUUCUACACGGAGGGUUUGAGGAGUUCUGACGUUCUGGUCCAGCAGGGAUCCUGUUUGGCUCUGAAGUGCUUGAAGGCGGUGGAGAGCGUGGACCACAUUGCAGACUUAUGGAGGUCCGCAGACGAGGAUCUUCGUGGUUCUGCCAGAGAGACGGUCCUGUCCUUCGGGAAGAAGGGGUACCAGGCCUUCCAGAGGAUGGACCAGCUGUACAGCGACUUGGAGGAGGAGGCCUACCAGAACCAGGAGACCCAGACCACCAUCCUGUAGACCCGCUGCUGGAGGCCUACCAGAACUAAAACCAGGAGAUCCAGACCACCAUCCUGUAGACCCGCUGCUGGAGGCCUACCAGAACCAGAACCAGGAGACCCAGAUCGCCAUCCUUUAGACCCGCUGCUGGAGGCCUACCAGAUCCAGGAGAUGGGGAUCCUGGAAGAUUCGGGUCCUGAGGUGAAGACCUGAUUCCUGGAGGCUAAUCAGAACCAGAACCAGGAGAAGGAGACCCUGGUCCUGACAUGACACCUGCUGCCUGAGCGGACUCAGCCUGGGGUCUGGACGGUUCCGUCCCGGUUCUCUGGGACUCCCUGGAUUCAGACCGAGGUCCCGGUGGGUUUUAUUUCGGGGGCUUUGGAUCCGACAGGGUUCCAGGUCAUGUGGGCGGGUUCUGCGUGGCAGAGAACUGUGUGGUUCUCCUGGCGUCACUGUGUGGAACUCGGACCGUUCCAGCCUGGUUCCAGUUCGGUCCAGAAUGCUGGACUCAAUAAAAACCCUGAAGAUCCUCCAUCGGUCCGUCAUUCAGCCAGAACCCAACAGAACCCAGGUUCUACUGGGUUCCAGGUUCCACUGGGUUCCACCGGACUUCACCUGAUCAGUCUGAUAGUCUUCCUUUUGAAGGAAACUUUCUGCUUUUCAAGACUCAGAAGGUCUGAACUUAAAGUUAAAGAUGACAAAUGAGAGGAACCCUGUAAUCUGGAUCCAGAACCUGAACCAGGACUCUGGAACUCUGUAAUCUGGAUCCAGAACCUGAACCAGGACUCUGGAACUCUGUAAUCUGGAUCCAGAAGCUGAACCAGGGCUCUGGAACCCAAACAGGAGAGGUUCUGGUCUGAUGUGGAUCCAGAGGCUGGUUCCAGAUCAGUCCUUGGGGUUCCCGGUCAGGCGCCUCUUCCAGAGACAGCAGCUGCUUUUGGGUUUGUUUUGAUUCAUUUUCCGUUUUUCUGUUUGUUUCUUUCUUCCUUUCUAUUUUUUCUUCUAUUCCACUUUUUCCUUUUAUUGUUUUUAAUCUUUCAUUUUUCUCUUUUCCUGAGUAAAGCUGCGCUGACAGUUUCAAUCAGAGUAUUUUGACAGUUUCUGCUUUUUUUGAAUCCAGCUUCAGCUUCUUUCAGCUGCUGCUUCGUUUUGUUUUUCAGUCUUUCGUCAGUUUUUCUGAACCGGAUCCCGUUUGGCUCCGGAGGUUGGACACUUUUUGAAAAUCAAUAAAUAAAAUGACCAUAAAGUCUGAA